CUCCUAAUCCCAUCUUCAUCCUCCUCUUUCUUCAAUUCCAUCUCUCUCAUUUCUCUCUCUUUCUCAACUCCCAUCUUCUUAAUACCUGUAUAUAUAGAGACGCUUCUUCAAUGAUCAGUACAUGCCGUGCGCUCAUGAUCAGCUGAAAGAAAUUCAAAGAUAGAGAAGAAAUCAAGAAGCUACCGACCUACACACACCCACACACACAAACACACACACACAGACAUAUAUAUUAUCAAGAAGUAGAUUUGAAUAGUGACAUCCAUCGAUCCCGGUCCUUAGAUACAUAGAUAAAGAAAGAAAGAAAGAAAGAGAGAGAGAGAAGGUAUGCCUCGAAGGUACGCUUUUGGGAUGGCGGAAGAAGCCACCCACCCUGACUCUGUUAAGGCCACCUUGUCUGAAUUCCUCUCCACCUUCAUCUUCGUUUUUGCCGGAGAAGGCUCUAUCCUCGCUCUUGAUAAGAUGUACAGGGAUACUGCUCUUGGAGCAUCGAGGCUGGUGGUUAUCGCACUUGCCCAUGCACUCUCCCUCUUUGCUGCGGUGGCUUCCAGCAUGAACGUGUCGGGUGGUCACAUAAAUCCAGCAGUCACCUUUGGUGCGCUUGUGGGCGGCAGGGUCUCACUCCUUCGUGCUGUUUACUACUGGAUUGCUCAGCUCUUGGGAGCUGUUGUUGCUUCUCUCCUAUUAAGGCUCGCAACACAUGGCAUGAGACCUUAUGGGUUUUCAGUGGCAUCUGGAGUGGGAGAGAUAAAUGCGCUUGUGCUGGAGAUAGUAAUGACAUUUGGGCUGGUGUAUACGGUGUAUGCAACCGCAAUUGACCCAAGAAGGGGUAGCCUGGGAACAGUUGCUCCUCUUGCGAUAGCCUUCAUAGUUGGUGCGAACGUGCUGGUGGGAGGUCCUUUUGAUGGAGCAUCCAUGAACCCUGCACGGGCAUUUGGGCCAGCCUUGGUGGGCUGGAGAUGGAGGAACCACUGGAUCUAUUGGGUGGGUCCCUUUGUAGGUGCAGCCCUGGCUGGGCUCAUAUACGAGUACGGUGUCAUAGCACCUGAUCAGCCUCCACACCACACCCAUCACCAGCCUUUGGCUCCUGAAGAUUACUAGCUAGCCUCCACUACCUACCUACC